AUGGAUAGCAUAUUUCAUGAGAAGCAAGAGGGCUAUUUGUGCGCUCAACAUUGCUUGAACGCUCUUCUCCAGGGACCAUAUUUCAAUGCGGUAGACCUUGCGAAUCUAGCCCUGCAAAUGGACGAGGAAGAGAGGAUAAGGAUGGCCGAGUCGGGUAUAGAUAGCGAAGACUACAAGCUCUUCCUUAAGCAACCAUCUGGGAACAUGGACGACAGUGGGUAUUUCUCUGUACAAGUUAUUAGCAGCGCACUGAAAGUGUGGGGACUAGAGUUGAUUCCGUAUAAUAGCACCGAACCCACUGCAUUAAUGGCUCAAAACGAACCUUCGGCUAUGAAGGCGUACAUAUGUAAUUACAAGGGUCAUUGGUUUACGAUUAGAAAACUUGGAAAUCAGUGGUUUAAUUUAAAUUCUAUGCUCAGUGGACCUGAGCUGAUAUCGGAUACAUAUCUCGCAAUGUACCUGGCUCAAUUAUUGCAAGAAGGUUACUCGAUCUUCAUAGUCAUUGGAACCUUUCCUCAAUGUCCAUCAGAUGAUAUUCUCCUAAAACAUCCGGUAACUAAUGUUCCAAAGACAAAGGUUAGCACAGGGGGAGGUGCGGGUACAUCCAAGGGUUUCAGAUUAGGUACCCUCGAAGAAGAACAAUCUAAAAUCUUUGAAGCAGCUCGAGCGCUAUGUCAAGUUAAAAUGCCGUUCUCUGCAGAUAUACCUGCUGUACCGUCAAUUUCCAGUAAAAUGUCUUUUCCAAGUGAAGCAUCUACAAGCUAUGGCAAGCAAGUGAUUACGAUAUCGGAUAGGCCAAGAGAAAGAAUAAUUCCUAUAAGAGUCGAGGGACGUGAUCUGGAUGACGAAGAUGAAGAAGAGAGGUUAGAACUUCAACGAGCCGUUCAAUUGAGCUUGCAAGAUAACGAGAACAUAGAUGAGUCGUUGAAGUUAAGGUUGGACUUAGAUAACAAAACAAUUCCGCAAUCCAUUAAUUUGGAUGAUCCUGACGACGACGACGAAUUGAGAAAAGCUCUGCAAUUAAGUCUUGAAUGCGUAACGGCUCCACCUACUCCAGAUCCAGAUGAUCUGCGUUGGCAUCGUUUAGCUUAUUUAGGUAUCCAUUCAAGAACACCAAACAGUGAAGCAACACCUAAACUAAAUACUUAAUAAUAGUCACACUACCGACACCAUUGCCGAACAAACUAAAAUUGUAAAUUAUAAUUAACUGAUAACCAAUUGGGAAGAGUGUCUUUAUAUACUAAUAUUAUUGAUCUGCGAUGGCAAUAAGAGUCUAAUUAAUUUUGUGAUUGUCUCUAUGGAGAACUUGCAUAAAUGUAUUUUAACAAGAAUGGAUUUUAAAGUAAUAGGCAAAUGUCACAGAUUUGAGAAUAUCUAUUUAUCAGUCUCAAGUAACUAACAAUUUUCUGCUAUGACAGCAGGUUGUCUCUGCCUUGGGUACAAAUUAUCUACUUUUUAUUCAUGGUUACUAUGAAUUAAUUUUCUGACUGAUGUUUCAAAUAGGUUUUGCAAAGUAUGUAAUUCUCAUUUAAUAUAACACAGCACAAAAACAGUAACAGUGCAUAAUUAUAAUAUAGAUAUUGAAUUUUACAAUAAAGUUUAAUGAGAAGAUAUAUGUGACGUCAAACAUGUACCUAGUUAUUAACACAUCUUGUACCUUACAUUAACUAUAACCUAUUUUAUUGACAAUACAAGAGAUAUACGAUUACUGUA